UCUCAGACGCUAGGCGUGCUGACCGGCGGCGACGGCGGAAUACGGGAGGGGCGGCGGCGUUGAGGCCCUCUCGAGCUGCGGUGGAGGCACGUCUCGCCCUGCGUCGUCGCGGACAGCAGACACCGCCGAGGGAGGGUGUGGAACUGUGGCGGCGUGGCGCGGAUGCGCGGUGGAGAUUCUCCUUUCGUCUUCCUCCGCGCCAGGACAGCACCAAGCGGCUAGGGCCGUCCUCGCCCGCGUCUGGGCGGCACGUCUCGCCAUGUCGGUGUCGACCAGUUCGCGCUGCUUGAUGGUUCAGGCGCAGGCUGCAUCAGGCGGUGAGCGGCGGCGGCGGCGGCGGCGUCCUCUCCUGUUGCGAGGUUCUGGCCAGGUGGGGGCUACGAGCCGCCGCAUCGUCCGACGUGUCUUGGAGCGGAACAUCGAGGAGCGGUACCGCGCGGGAAACAUUGGCACCGAGGAGGCACUCCACCUGUUCGACGAAUUGCUCCAUGUUGCCGGGCCCUCGUUGACCCGCGCCAUCAACUGCCUCCUCUACGUCGUCGGUCUCUUCAACCGGGUCGCAAGAGCCAAGGUGCCCCCCACAAUGUCACCUACAGCAUACUCGUCGGCUGCUGCUGCCAUGCGGGCCGGAGAACAAGACCAGCUAUGCAAUGGACAUCGCACUCCGGUGAAUGCUCGAGUUUAACUGCACACCGAAUGUUUUCUCCUACAGCAUUCUUCUCAAAGGUCUCUGUGUUGAGAAGAGAAGUCAAGAGGCUCUUGAGCUUAUUCACAUGAUGGCCGAUGCUGGAGGUAGCUGCCAACCUAAUGUGGUGGUGUCCUAUAGCACUGUAGUUGAUGGCCUGUUGAAAGAGGGUGAGGUGAACAAAGCUUACAGCCUACUUUGUGAAAUGCUACAUCAGGGGAUUUCACCGAAUGUUGUGACGUAUAGCUCAAUCAUCUUUGGCAUGUGCAAGGUUCAAGGCCGAGGAGGUCCUUCAACAGAUGUUUGAUACAGGUAUUCUGCCAAAUAUUACUACAUAUGAUAGUCUGAUACACAGAUAUUAUUCAUCAGGACAGUGCGAAGAGGUGGUUCGUGUUUUCAAGAAAAUGUCUAGGAAUGGUGUUCAGCCAGAUAUUGCAACUUACAACAUAUAGAUGGAUUAUCUUUGCAAGAGUAGAAGAUGUGCGGAAGCUAGGACGAUUUUUGAUUCUAUGGCCGGAAAGGACCAAAAACCGAACGUUACUAGCUACAGUAUUCUGCUUCAUGCGUAUGCUAUGGAACAGUCAUUUCAUGAUAUGCAUUGUCUCAUUGAAUUGAUGGUAGAAAAUGGUGUUGCACCAAAUCAUUCUGUGUACAACAUACUGAUAGACGCAUAUGCUAAGGGGAAAAUGGUUGAUGAUGUAAUGCACAUAUUUACAAAAAUGCGGCAGCAAGGAUUGAACCCAAAUGCUGUGAACUAUGGAACAGUAAUAAACUUACUCUGCAGUAUUGGCCGAAUGGAUGAUGCUAUGUUGCAAUUCAAUCAAAUGAUAACUGAAGAAUUAGUUCCUGAUAUCAUAGUUUUCAACACUCUUAUAAGUGGUUUUUUUUCUUGUGGAAAAUGGGAGAAGGUUCAUGAACUACUUGCUGAAAUGUUGAAUCGUGGCAUCUAUCCCGACAACGUGUUCUUCAACACAAUUAUGGAUCACCUUUGCAAAAAUGGAAGGGUUAUGGAAUCCCAAGAUCUCGCUGACCUGAUGAUACACAUGGGUUUGAAGCCUGACGUGCAUACUUAUAACACACUGAUGGGUGGAUACUUUUUCAUUGGUAAGAUGGAUGAAGUGAGGAAGUUACUUGACCAUAUGGUCUCAAUUGGCAUGGAACCGGAUGUUGUCACCUAUAACACACUGAUUGAUGGUUACUUUAAGAAUGGAAUGAUAGAUGAUGCGUUAGCUGUUUUCAGUGAAAUGUUGGACAAGAAAGUUAAGCCUUGCGUUAUCACUUAUAACACAGUGCUGCAUGGGUUAUUUCAUACUGGAAGGACUGUUGCUGCAAAUGAACUCUAUCUCAGGAUGAUUGACAGCGGAAUAUGUGUGGACAUUGUGACC